AGGAUGUCGCUGUCUAUUUCUCCAUGGAUGAGUGGGAGUAUUUAGAAGGACAUGAGGAUCUGUACAAGGAUGCCAUGAUGGAGGACCACUGGCCUCUCACAUUGCAAGGAGGGUCCUUGAGGAGAAAUCCCCCCGGGAAAUGUCCCCGUCCUCUGUAUUCCCAGGACUGUGCAGAGGAGAAGGCCCCAGAGAACCCUCAGAUGACAAAUCAGGAGGAAGAUGUGACUGAUAUUAAAGUGGAGGAUGAAGAAGAGCGGAUGAUGGGCGAUCCCCCGUGUAAGAGUGAGGUGGAGGAGGACCUUCCAGUCCAUGUCACCACAGAAAAUCUCAGUAAGAACUCUGAGGGAACACUAAAGGAUGAAGAUACCAUGCAGCGCUCUUUAGGAGAAAACUUUAUUACUCAUAAUGUACUUCUAGGACCUCACCAUACAGAUCUAUCAUAUGAUCCACCUUAUCACAAGGAAUCUUGUCCUGAUCGAUCACAGGUUCUUACUACAAGUACCGGUCAAAAGAAGGGUAGAAGGUUUCAAUGUGAUGAAUGUGGAAAACAGUUUAUAAAAAGUUCAAGUCUUCUUGCACACACAAGAAUUCACACAGGGGAGAAGCCAUAUUCAUGUUCAGAAUGUGGUAAAUGCUUUACAAAUAAAUCAGAUGUUGUUGCACAUGAGAGAAUUCACAGAGGAGAGAAGCCAUUUACAUGUUCAGAAUGUGGAAAAUGUUUUACAUCAAAAUCAAAUCUAGUUAUACAUGAGAGAAAUCACACAGGAGAGAAACCAUAUUCAUGUUCCCUAUGUGGGAAAUGUUUUACCCAUAAAUCAAAUCUUAUUAAACAUGAAAGAAUCCACACAGGAGAAAAGCCAUUUUCAUGUUCAGAAUGUGGGAAAUGUUUUACAAAUAAAUCACAUCUUGUUAUACAUGAGAGAAGUCACACAGGAGAGAAGCCAUUUUCAUGUUCACAAUGUGGGAAAUGUUUUAAAGAUAAAUCAAAUCUUGUUAUACAUCAGAGAAUUCACACAGGGGAGAAACCAUUUUCAUGUUCAGAAUGUGGAAAAUGUUUUGUUGCUAAGGCCAAACUCAGGAAUCAUCUGAGAAGCCACGCAGGAGAAAAGUUGUUUUGAUGUUCACAAUAUGGUAAAUGUUAUGUUUUAUAUGAGAGAAAUCACAUUGAACAUAAGUUGUUUUGAUGAUUACUAUGUGGCAAAUGCUUUACAGAUAUAUUGAAUCUUGAUGUACUGUACAUGAGAGAAUUCACACGGAGGAGAAAAUGUAUUGAUG